CACAGAUAUUUCCUCUUCAUCCCGGCUGAACUACAAUUCCUAGAAAUCUGAAGCACUCCACUUACUUUAUCUGUCAUCUCUGCGUGUAGUUGCCGCGGCAAAACCUUCUCAUAGAGGAAAGAGUUUGCGCAUCCAAGUGGAAAUGGAGAUGGCGUGCCAGCUUCAACGGCCACUUGGUUGCAAAGUAGCGACCAUGGACUGCUCGCGUUUAAGGAUCAGACCGACCAUUGGGGUCUUGAAUUCAUUAGAAAGCAAUGAUCUUGCAAUAGCAAGAACUGUGGCGCCCAUGAGAGCAAGUUCUGACAACUCGAGGAAACGUCCUAGAAAAAGUGCAAUUCCCAGGACUAAUGUUUCUGCUCCUAAAGGUUUUGCACCUAGACCUCAGGUUGGAAGAAGCACUCAGAAGAAAGAUCGUGAUCCUGAUGAGGAGGAGCAAUCUGGCAGUUCUCAGUCUAUAAAAAGCAGAACUAAGUUAUCGGACGACGGUGAAGCAAGAGGUCAGGUUGAUGCUGAUUUAGAGCUGGUAGAGAAACUAUACAGCAACGAGGAUGAGAGAGAUGAAAUAGGUACAAUGAUGCUGGAAGAAACAAUUGUUUAUGAUGAUGAAAACUUUGAGAAAGGAAGGGUGAGGAAUGAUGAGAGUUUACAACAGGAAAAAAUAUCUGAAUUUUCAGGUAAUUCUUGUCUCGGUGCAUCAAAAGUUCAGGGUCAAAUGGAAAAGUUGGUAAUUACAGAAAACCAUAAAGCUGCAGGUUACAACAAGAAGGUGGGAGUAGCCAUGGUUGAAGAUGAUGCUAGUAUAGGUCAGUAUGAUGGGCAAAGUGAACUUUAUGAUGUAUCAUCAACUGAAAAAAAGGUUGAGAUGGAAGCACAGGCGCGUAGGAAAUUUUUAGAGGGUCUUGCUAAUGAAAAUUUUGCCAGUGGGAUCAAGUUUUUUGUUUUCCCAAAAGUCAUAAAAGCGGAUCAAAUGAUUGAAGUGUUCUUUAAUCGAGCUUUAUCACUUUUGGCAAAUGAACCUGAUGUUUUCAUAAGUGGCGCCUUUAAUAACUGGAGAUGGAAGAAUUUCACUGAAAAGAUGCGUAGAAGUGAUCUUAAUGGGGACUGGUGGUCUUGCCAGAUUUAUGUUCCCAAAGAGGCUUACAAAAUGGAUUUUGUAUUCUUCAAUGGUGGAAAUGUCUAUGAAAAUAAUAACCUGAAUGAUUUUUCUAAACCUGUUGAGGGUGAAAUGGAUGAAUAUGCAUUUGAAGAUUUAUUGCUUGAAGAGCAGCGGCGAGGACUUGAAAAAAUCGCUGCUGAGCAAGCUGAGAAGGAGAGAGUUGUUGAAGAGCAGCGUCGUAGGGAGGUGGAACGGGAUGUCAUGGAUACUAUCAGAACACAGGCAAAAUUCGAGGUGAAGAAAAUGCAGGAAGCUUGUCAAAGAGUGAUGACAUCGGCUGUGGAGUCUGUUGAUGGUUUAUGGCAUAUAGAACAUAGUUUAUUUAAGGGGAAAAAUGUGAUUCGAUUAUUCUACAACCGAAAGUCUCGUGCGCUCGAACAUUCUUCAAAUAUUUGGAUUCAUGGUGGUUACAACAAUUGGAUAGAGGGUUUGUCCAUCAUUGAAAGGCUUAAUAAAUCUGAGAAGUAUGAUGGCUGGUGGUAUGUAGAUGUGGUUUUACCCGACGGAGCACUUAUUCUGGAUUGGGUUUUUGCUGAUGGGCCACCACAGCAGGCAAAAGUGUAUGAUAACAACAGCUAUCAGGAUUUCCAUGCUGUUAUACCAAAGGGUUUAUCGGAAAAAGAGAUCUUUUGGUUAGAAGAAGAAGAUAGAAUAUUUAAGAAGCUUUGGGAGGAAAGAAGAUUAAAAGAAGAGGCUGCACGUAAGAAGGCUGAGAAAACAGCUCGUUUGAAAGCUGAAACAAAGGAAAGAACUUUCAAAAGGUUUUUGCUGUCUCAGAAGCAUGUAGUGUAUACCGAGCCGCUUUAUAUUCAAGCUGGAAAGAUGGUUAGAGUUUUGUAUAAUCCCUUCAACACUGUGUUAAAUGGGAAAGAAGAGGUUUGGUUUAAAUGCUCAUUUAACCGCUGGACUCAUCCUAAUGGUCCAUUGCCACCGCAAAAAAUGGUGAAUGUGGGCACUGGCCCACAUCUUCAAGCAAUUGUUGAGGUGCCAUUAGAUGCUUACAUAAUGGACUUUGUUUUUUCUGAGAGAGAAGAUGGUGGUGUUUAUGACAAUAAAAAUGGGAUGGACUACCAUUUUCCUGUAACUGGGGGAAUUUCUAAGGUAGAACCAUUGCACAUCAUACAUGUGGCCGUGGAAAUGGCGCCUAUUGCAAAGGUGGGAGGCUUAGGUGACGUUGUUACAAGUCUGUCACGUGCUGUUCAGGAUUUAGGGCAUAAAGUUGACAUUGUUCUUCCAAAGUACGAUUGCCUGAAAUUUGAUCAUGUUAAGGAUUUUUGUUAUCAUGUAAGUUUCGGCUGGGGUGGAACAGAAAUAAAAGUGUGGCGCGGUAAAGUUGAAGGCCUAUCUGUUUACUUUUUGGAGCCUCAAAAUAGAAUGUUUGAUGUUGGUUGUAUAUAUGGAAGAAAUAAUGACCGUGAUAGAUUCGGAUUUUUUUGUCACGCUGCUCUUGAGUUUCUUCAUCAUAGUGGAUUUUGUCCUGAUAUUCUGCAUUGCCAUGAUUGGUCCAGCGCCCCAGUGGCAUGGUUAUUCAAGGAACAUUAUUAUAAGCAAUCUGGGCUGGGCAGCACUGGAGUUAUUUUUACUAUUCAUAACCUUGAGUUUGGAGCACAUCAGAUUGGAAAAGCAAUGAGUUAUACUGACAAGGCUACCACGGUAUCUCAUACAUACGCAAAAGAAGUCUCACGAAAUCCGGUUAUUUCUGCCCAUCUUUACAAGUUCCAUGGCAUUGUUAAUGGCAUUGAUCCAGAUCUCUGGGAUCCAUAUAAUGACAAUUUCAUCCCUGUGUCUUACACUUCUGAAAAUGUUAUUGUGGGUAGGAAAGCGGCAAAAGAGGCAUUACAGCAAAGACUUGGCUUGAAGAACUCUAAUCAUCCAUUGGUAGGAAUAAUCACUCGUUUAACUGUCCAGAAAGGAAUUCACCUCAUCAAACAUGCUAUUUGGCGAACACUGGAAAGCAAUGGGCAGAUUGUUUUGCUGGGAUCCGCUCCAGACCCUCGCAUACAACAAGAUUUUGUUAACCUGGCGAACCAAUUGCAUUCUUCACACUCUGGUAAUGUGCGGCUUUGCUUGACAUAUGAUGAACCGCUUUCGCACUUGAUCUAUGCAGCUGCAGACUUUAUUCUUGUCCCAUCGAUAUUUGAACCUUGCGGCUUAACUCAACUUAUUGCAAUGAGAUAUGGUUCUAUUCCAGUUGUUCGAAAGACAGGAGGAUUGUAUGACACCGUUUUUGAUGUUGAUGAUGAUAAAGAGAGGGCUCAAUCAUUAGGUCUUGAACCAAAUGGAUUUAGCUUUGACGGUACAGAUUCCAGUGGGGUUGAUUACGCUCUCAAUAGAGCAUUAUCUGCUUGGUAUCAUAGGCGUGAAUGGUUUGAACUCCUUUGCAAGCGAGUAAUGGAGCAAGACUGGUCCUGGAAUCGCCCAGCUUUGGAUUAUAUAGAACUAUACUAUGCAGCUCGCAAAUGAGAUUUUCUUCAAUAUAUUGCUAGAAGAAAAAAGCCAUCCACAUUUUAUUAGGCUCAUAUUUAUGUACAGGUUUCAUUCUACUCUCUUUAAUACUAUGAUUUAGCUUUGGUACGACACGUUACUGUUCGUUUAUUUUAU